AUGGAAAGGCCAGAUCGACAAAAGGAUGGAGUUAGAAAAAUUCGUGGUGGUUUACUUCUUUACAAAGACUUUAAUCGUGCACUUGUACUUCCAACAGAAUAUCAAGAAUUGGGAAGUACAUUUUCCGAAAAUGAUUUGGUAGAUGACCCUUCAUUUGCACCAAUUUUGGAAAAAUUACAACAAAUUGCUUGUGAUUUGCCUUCUUUAGCCGAAAAAUUGAGAAUAUUUAUUUAUAUUGCUUGGGCAUUUGAUGGAGGUGCUAUGCAAGAUGCUAAAAUUAUGUUACAAAAAGUUAAAAUGGAACCUUAUGGUAUUGAUGAUGAUUCUCUUUAUGAGAUAAAAAUACCACGCCGAACAUUUGAUGACGAUGUUUUAACUACAGGCCUUCACGUUUCUGUACGUUCUGUCUCUGAUGGAAAAUUAUAUGCUAAUGCAGUUAUAGAACAAGUCAACCCUUCAAGCCAAAGCAUUGUUCUAUUUUUUGUUGAUCCUUUACGACUUUCUCGAAUUUUGGCGUUGAGCAAUAAUGUAAAUGUGUCAAUUAAUAGUUCUGCUUUUGUUUAUCGCUCACAACUUCGUUCAUUAGAAUGGAUAUUGGCAAAUUGCGGAAGUAGAAGAAAUAUGGAUCAAAUUAUUUAUCCUAAACCUGAAUUUACUGAGACCCUUGAAGAGUUUCGAGUGCGCAGAGCUGUUGAAUUGUUGUCAAUGCCAUUUCGGGAAGAAGCUGAUCAUAGCUAUAAUGAGGAACAAGUUAGUUGAUUUAUUAUUUGUUCAUUAGAAUGGGGACAUUGGACAAUGGGAUAUGUCCCCAACAUCAAUUCAUCCAUAUUUAUUAGGACACCCCUUCCCUAACUUUAUCCUAGUCACAAUUAAAACUGGUCAAGAAAGAAUUUUUCAGUCAAAAUCACUUUUGUAUCUAUUCUUCUAUCCCUUCUUAUUUCGAUACCCUUCUUUUCCCAACUUCUUGAAAUACACAAAAAAUUUAUUCAAAAAUUACAGAAAAACGCCAUCUUCUCAAUUGUCAAUAAAGAACACCAUCCAUGGCCGUUUGUUUUAUUUGGACCUCCAGGAACUGGAAAAACAAUUACUUUAAUUGAAUCAAUUAGACAUUUAGUCCUUCAAUCAUCCCAAAAUCGUAUUUUGGUUUGUACUCCAAGUAAAAUGGCUGCUGAUAAUUUUGCUGAAGCUCUUUUACAACAUGACUUUUUGGAACACAAAUAUAUUUUUAGAAUGCA